AAUAGCACAAUAUAAUUAUUUAAACUAUAAACAUGGCUGGUAUUGAGUCUGGAUUUGAACGCGAUAAAAGUCCAGAUGAGAUAAUAAAAAAAGUUCCAGAAAUACGGGUAAUCUUGAGGAACAUUGCGGAUGAGUUAACAACAUCUGAAUUGAAUGCAAUGAUCUUUUUGGCCAGAGAUGAUCUGCCCAAGGGUAAAUGCGAGAAUAUGACUCCGCUAGCAUUUUUGGUGGCUUUGGAGGAACGACAGUUAAUUGACACUAAGGAGAAGAAGAUGGAUUACUUGGUGAAUCUUUUAAGUCAUUUACCGCGCGUUGAUUUAAUGAAGAAGCUUACGGGAAAGAAUUAUAUUUCGUUUGGAUAUAGUCAGGUCGAGAAUGUUGUUAUCGAAGAAAAUGUUACCAUUAACAAUUGUGUCGUCGCAAGCGCAUCAACUGAGAAAAACAUUGUUGAAAUUCAUUCCACUACAAGUAAUUUUGAGGAGAAUGAAGUGAGUGGUAUUAAACAAUUUUUAGAGGAAGCCGAUGUGAUGUAUCAAAGAUAUAGGCAAAUGGAAAUUGAUUUAGGAGAAGCCAUGGCAGGAAUGCCGAAUUGAUAAGAAAAAACCAAGAAUUAGAAUCAGAAAUUUACGAGUUGAAGAACAAUCAGUGCCAUUUGACACAAGAACGUAAUUGUGCUUUAGGGGAAAAAGCGAAAUUUGUUUUUCGAGAGAGCGAAGCUAAAAAAGAAUUGAAUGAUUUAAAGUGCAUGGUUGACUCGCUGAGCAAGGAAAGUGCUAAAGAUAAAAACCUUAUUUCCAAUAAAGAUAGACAGAUCAAUGAGUUAAAUGAAACUUUAAAGGUGUACGAACAUGCAGCCAUUCAAAUGAAAUCUAUUAAUGAAAGAAUUGAUGAAGAGAAAGCGGAACUGGAGAAGCAAUUAUUGGAAUGGAAAACAGAGACCAAAGAAAACACUCAAGUUUUAUGCAAACGUUGUGGAUUAAUGUUCGAUCCAGCAAAUAACUCAAAGGAUGCAUGCGUUUCACAUCCUGGAAAAUUUGAAUGGGCUGGUUCUGUGUUAAAGAGAAGGGAAUGGUCAUGUUGUAAGAGUACAAAUGCCAAUGCGGUAGGAUGUUGUAAGAAAAAGCAUUUGUUCAUAGAACCUCUGUUAUCCCCAGGUAUUAACACAUUAGACAGGAAAUACACUAUUUAAUUGACAGCAUACUCAGUUUUUUCUACCAUAUUGAUGAUUUUAGUAUAAUUUGUAAGAAAAAGUAAUUGUUGAUAGGAAUUUUAUCAUCCCCUGAUAUUUACCAUUAGGCAGGAAAUAUGCAAUUGACCAAAGGUCUUUGGUCUUUGCAACUAUAUUGAUGAUUUUAAAAUAAAUAAGAUGUAAGAACCUAUAUUAUAUUCCCAGAUAUUGACACAUUGGGCAGUAAAUACACUAUGCAAUAGAGAAAAUACACUUAGUUUUUGUAAUUUAUUAUUUAUUUUUUAUGAAUUUGUUACAUCCAUUGAUUUAUAAAGUUGACACUGCACUUGUAACAUGAAAUUACGUCAUCACCCAAUUUUUGAACUUCAUUCUUGAAACGACAAGUUUGUAUGUUAUUGUAUUAAAAUAUACAUGAAAUGUAAAUUUUUAGAGAAUUCAUGAGCAUUUUUUCAUAAUUAAUUAAAACCUUUUUUUCAUAUGCCAAUGGAGAGUUGACUCAAAUUCUUUGAAUAAUAUGAGAGCUUAAUUCUAAGAAAAGAGGAAGGCAAUGUGAAACUGAACAUGUUGUUUUUGUGUGCCAGUACUGAAAUUUGACAUUUGCUAUAAUCCAAAUAUUGACUUGGUGUUGACAUAUCUGUAAUAUAUCAAUAUUUUUAAAUUUAAUACCACUCCUUUGGCUGA